GGAAACCCUGGUGAAUCCCCACUGCUUCCUCCUGCCCUAUGGAAUACCAGGUGUCAGGACGGAUGCCCAGGGCUGGACUCCUGCUGAUGCCACUUCUCCUCUGCUUCGGGCCAGAGACUGUCGGAAGCAUCAAUCCGGCCGCGCUCAGAGAGACUGUGGAUCAUGUGAACAAGAAUGGGUUGGCUGUUGAAUACGUCUUCGCCGUCAGCCUGCAGAAAGCCAGUUGUGAGAACCCAUCUGGUCUGGAACAGGUGCUGCGCAGGAACAAGCUGUGGGACAUGCAGAUGGCCAUUAACCCAGAGGGUGUCCUGUAUGACCCAGACGAAGGGCCCAUUGUGGCUGCCCGGAUGCAGCGCCUGGGCAGGGUGGGGGAACACGCCAAGUGGCGCCUGCUCCAGGGCGACCGGAACAGCCCCGUGCAGAAGCUCCUGGCCCGGACCUACAACGAGAGAAGCUGCCUGAUCUUCUUCACCGUCCGCUCGCCCUGUGCGGGGACGUGCCUGCUGGUGAAGAGGCCCCACAACAUCCUACGGAUGGUGAGCGACACCUUCCGCCCCAUUGACCACAACUACAAGGCCUUCGUCUUCCGGCAGAUCUACCGUCAGGACCGGAACCUGGAUCCCCAAAGCCUGCUGGAAGCCUGGCACCAGCUGCCCAACGUGCCCCUGCUGCGCUGUGACACCAACGGCUGCAGGGACUGCAGAGGGAACGACCCCAAAACCGACCCCAGCACCUGCCUGGACGAGAUUCGAGCCAUGAGGCAGCCGCUGCACCCACCUGGCAGGGAGCAGGAGGAAGAGUUUUGCCUGGUGCUCCCCCUGAGCCCAGACCCCUGGCAGAGUCACCCCCUUGGGAGCGAGGCCGGGCAGCCUUUGCCAGACACCCAGCUCGCUAUGGAUGAACAAGCUAUGGCCAUCGGCUGCCAUCUGCUGGUGAGGUGGAGGUAG